UUUUCCGCAGAGCCUACGUCAGGUUGUCUGUUUUGCCUUAGCGUCCCAAUAGUCUUAUUUACCUUGAAGGCCUGUUUACAUAAGUAUUUGCUGAUGUUGCGCCUGCCUGUCAGUUGGUCUGACAACUGUUUGCUGAUCCUGUCUUCAUGCUGCCAACUCCUGAGAUGUUUUACAUCAGAGGCACCAGGUAACCUGGACGACUAUCCUUUCAGUAGCAGCACUCCGAGGGUGGCACUGACGAGUGGAGGACUGGUUAAAAAAAAAGAAAAAGAGCAAAAAAAUGAAAGCUCCCAUUCCUCUUCUGAUCCUGCUUCAUGCCAUUGUGGUCCAUUGCCUGAAAGUGGUGUCGAAGAGAGGGUCAGUGGAAGGCUGCACGGAUUGGUCAGUGGACUACCUGAAAUAUAAGGUGCUUCUGGGGGAACCUGUACGGAUUAAGUGUGCUUUGUUCUAUGGAUAUAUACGGGCCAACUACACCCAUGCGCAGAGUGCCGGACUCAGCCUCAUGUGGUACAAAAGCGCAGGACACGGGGACUUCGAGGAACCCAUCAGUUUUGACGGCACAAGAAUGAGCAAGGAGGAGGAUGCCAUAUGGUUUCGACCAGCAGAGUUGGACGAUGUAGGGUACUAUUCCUGCGUAUUAAGGAACUCCACAUACUGCAUGAAGGUGUCCAUGUCACUCACUGUGGCAGAGAAUGACACAGACCUCUGCUACAACUCCAAAAUGAGGUUCUUUGAGAAGGCAGAACUAAGCAAAAGCAAAGACAUCACCUGCCAGGGUAUUGAGGAUUAUAUCCAGCCGGGAGUGGAGCCUGAGAUUGUGUGGUACAAGGAAUGCAAGCCAAAGCAGUGGAGACAAACCAUAGAAAGGAGGAGGGACACCCUGUCCAUCAAGGAAGUGCGGGAGGAUGACAUUGGGAAUUACACCUGCGAAUUACAGUUUGGGAACUUUGUGGUACGGAGGACGACCGAGCUGUCUGUCACAGCUCCCCUGACAGACAAGCCGCCAAAAAUCCUCUCGCCUUCAGAGAACCAAAUGAGUGUCAUAGAGAUGGCAAUAGGAAGUCCCGUCAACCUGACAUGCAGAGCCUUCUUUGGAUACAGCGGAGACGUCAGUCCACUUAUCUACUGGAUGAAGGGAGAGAAGUUCAUCGAGGAUCUGGAUGAGGAGCGGGUUCAGGAGAGCGACAUCAAGACAAUCCGAGAGCACCUGGGGGAGCAGGAAGUUUCUAUCUCCCUGACCAUCGACUCUCUGGAGGACAGCGACCUGGGCAACUACUCCUGCUACGUGGAAAACGGCAACGGGCGGCGACAGGCCAACAUUCUGCUCACCAAGAAAGCGGAGCUGAUGUACACGGUGGAGCUGGCCGGCGGUCUGGGAGCCAUCCUGUUGCUGCUCAUCUGUCUGGUGACCCUAUACAAAUGCUACAGGAUCGAGCUCAUGCUCUUCUACAGGAACCACUUUGGCAGUGAGGAUAUAGAUGGAGAUAACAAGGACUACGAUGCUUACCUGUCCUACACUAAAGUGGACCCAGACCAGUGGAGCCAAGAGACCCGAGAGGAGGAGCGUUUUGCCCUGGAGAUCCUCCCUGACGUGCUGGAGAAGCAUUAUGGGUAUAAACUCUUCAUUCCAGACAGGGACUUGAUCCCCUCAGGAAGUUUCACCAAUGAUCAUUUCCAGGAUGACACAAGACUACUUAGAGCCUACAUCGAGGACGUAGCACGUUGUGUGGACCAGAGCAAGCGGCUCAUCAUCGUCAUGACACCCAGCUAUGUCGUGCGGAGGGGGUGGAGCAUCUUUGAGCUGGAGACAAGACUGCGCAACAUGCUCGUGACCGGCGAGAUCAAGGUCAUCCUGAUCGAGUGCGCCGAGUUGCGCGGCAUCAUGAACUACCAGGAAGUAGAGGCCCUCAAACACACCAUCAAGAUGCUGACGGUCAUCAAGUGGCGCGGGCAGUCCAGCAACAAGCUCAACUCCAAGUUCUGGAAACAGCUGCUCUACGAGAUGCCCUUCAAGCGCAUGGAGCCCCUGAGCAUCUCCCACGAGCAGGUGCUGGACGUCAGCGAACAGGGCCCCUUCAGUGAGCUCCAGACCGUCUCGGCCAUCUCCAUGGCGGCAGCCACCUCCACCGCCAUGGCGACGGCACACCCGGACUUGCGCUCAACCUUCCACAACUCUUGCCACACCCAGAUGAGGCAGAAACACUAUUACCGUAGCUACGACUAUGACCUGCCUCCAGGUGGCACACUCCCGCCACUCUCCUCACUAGGCAACCAGCACACCUACUGCAACAUCCCCAUGACGCUCAUCAACGGACAGAGGCCACAGUCCAAGUCGCCGCGCCAGCAGAGCCUGGACGACGCCCACGGCAACAACGCCAUGCUGCCGCUGCUGCCCAGGGAGACCAGUAUAUCCAGUGUCAUCUGGUGACAGAGACGGCCCCCGGCUGGAUAGACUGCAGAUCUAUACGUCACAGGGAGGACUCACCACUGGACCCUGAACGCACCGGAGCCAGAGGGACCCGAAUGGCACUAAGCUACUUGCUGCUGUUGAAUUUGCACCAGGAAACAUCAGGGGGAAGGGAGGGUAGGGGAAGGAGGACACGCUGGACACGUUGGUGAUGGAGGUGGUGGCAGAUUUUUUUUUUUUUUUGAUCCAAAAAGAGCUUUUAUUGAAACUGAACAACAACAAAACAGAAAACAAGCAAGGAGAACUUUUGUAUGCCUGUAUAAACACUCGCGUAACACAAGCCAACACCUAUGAUAAUUUACCCAGAAAGUCGAGGAAUACAGGGUCCUGUACAUACGUUUUUCUAAUUCUUUGUAGCAUCAGUGUUUGGGACUUGUUUCUCGUUUAUGUUUUAACAUCAGUUGGGACUUUUUUUUUCCUCUCUUUUGUUUCAGUUUGUACAAAAGUGGAGCAAUGGCCUGUGAGAUGUUUUGGAUAAACCGUUGUUACAUGUAUCUUAA